AUGGCUAAGUUUCAGAACUCAUACACAUUGUCACUGUUCAUCAUCAGCACUCUUUUGGUUCAAGCCAUGGGAGAUGCUCCUUGGGAGGCCGGAUCCGCCACGUUUUACGGUGACAUGACCGGAAAAGAAACCAUGCAGGGGGCUUGUGGAUAUGGUGAUCUCAUCCAACAAGGCUAUGGCCUCGAAACAGCAGCACUCAGCACAGCACUGUUCAACAAUGGACUAACUUGCGGUGCUUGCUUUGAGAUUAUGUGUGUCAAUGAUCCACAAUGGUGCAUCCCUAAUGCUGGCACUAUCAAAAUCACUGGAACAAACUUUUGUCCUCCAAACUACGAUCCACAUUUCUAUCCCUGGUGCAACCCCCCAAGGAAACACUUCGACUUGUCCAUGCCCAUGUUCGUAAAAAUUGCUCAAGCCAAAGCUGGGAUAAUUCCAGUGCAGUUUCGAAGAACCCCAUGUGUUAAGCAAGGAGGGAUUAGGUUUCAGCUAAGUGGAAACCCCAACUUUGUUACUGCAACUGUUUUGAAUGUUGCUGGUGCAGGUGAUGUUACAGCCAUCAGUGUCAAAACACCUACUUCUAAUUGGCUCCCAAUGAGCCGCAACUGGGGACAACUUUGGGCUGUCGGAGGACAAGUCCCCCUAAUCGGGCAAGUCUUAUCGUUCCAAGUCACUACUAGUGAUCAGAAGACGCUUGUGUUCAAUAAUGUUGCACCUGGAAACUGGCAAUUUGGGCAGACCUAUGAAGCAGCAGGCAAUUUUUAA